AGUGUGAAUGAUUUGAAAUUGGGGCAAAGAGAAAUCAAAAAUAAAUUCAAUGAAACACAAAAGAUGUACAUAUGUGAAAUUUUAUCAACUUGCAACAAUCGAUAUGAGAUACAAAACAAAAAAGGCGAUCUUUACAUGACUGAUAUUUACUGUUUUUAAAGUAUUUCCUUUGUACCUUGUCCUAUUUUGCACUAAAGAUAAGCAAUACAAAGAAUGUAAAUUUUACUUUCAACAGACACAGUGAUACACUUUGACUAAAAGAUGACCCUUGUGCUGUAAUUUUGUACAAAACUAUUUAAAGGCCUAAACUCAUACACAAAGCUGUGCUGAGUGAUGGGUGGAACAAGACUAGUUGGUAAAAAUUCUUUAUGCAACAUAGAUGACGAUUGGAAUAAUGUGUUUCCAUACAGGGAUGAUUACAAAAUGGUAAUACAACAGAGAGAACUAGCCAGAGUACCCUUUCACCACCAAUCACCUCAAAUGAUGUAUCGUAAAACUAUCAUCAAUUACCUCAAAAGUUAUUCUAACGAUAAGAGCUUGAGUUACUCGUGCCUACACCUAGCUGUAUACAUGCUGGACGUUUUCAUGGAUAAUCACACCAUAUUACCAGAACGUUUACAUCUGGUAGCUAACGUGUGUCUAUGGAUAUCAGCUAAAUUUGAAGAGGUAACUGUUAAUAUACCAAAGCUUGCAGAAUUGAAUUUUGCUGUUAAUAAUCGAUACUCAUUAAAUGACUACAAAGAAGUGGAAAUUAUAAUUUUGAAAUAUUUCCAUUGGUACCUCAUGAUACCAACAGCCGCACAUUACACGCAUUACUACAUGCAAGUUGCUUUAAGCUCCGAAGAUUACUACAACACGGAUUUCAGAACGUUAAUAGAUCAUUUGCAGGUGUAUAUCGAAAUAUAUUUAGACAAAGUGAUUGAAGACAUACACUUCAUGCAAGUUUACAAACCAUCGCGAUUAGCAGCGGCCAUUAUAUCCGCGGCACGAACGCAAAUUGGACUAUGUGAUUGGACAAGUACUUUAGAAAAGUUCACGGAAUAUUCCAAACAACAAAUUUAUGAUCCACUACAAGCGUUAUUGCAACCAACUUAUGUAAUCUGUUCCAACUGUCAACGACGAUUUGAUUAGAUUGAUGAAUAACAGUGCUUAAAAAACCACACUAUGUAAAGAUCACCAUGUAUCAAUAAUAAUGCAGUAUUGGCCAGAUACUUUUAUGAAGUACUACGUUAGUAAACCAUAGCCCAGACUGAAAGCGUUUCCCUUUGGCUAACCAAUCCAUUUUUUCCCAAGUAGCUACAAGUUGUUCAAAAUUUCUGGAACCAUUUCGGAGAAAGUUUACCACUGGGUUCCUAAAAGGUUUCUCAAGUUCUUGACGAUUUUUACGUAUCUUAUUCUAAAAAUUUUAAUAUAGCAACAUUAGAUAGGUAUAUCUCACAUUAGUAGGUAGUUUGUGAGAAAAGUGCCGCCAUUAUGAAAAUAUAUGCGUUCAAUCUGAAAAUUAGUCUUACUUUUAUAUGUAAAGUUUAAUCAAAAUAACUUGAACGGUUUCGAAAAACUGAGCUCCUCA